GCGUGGCUACCGUAGCCUCUUGCGGCACGAACAACUCAGUCAGUGUCACUUGACGCGAAGUUUCAGCGGCGAUGUUCUUUUGAAAUAGAGAGUUAGGAAAACGAGAAAAAAAAAUCGUGGAAGUUUUCCGAGAACUUUUGUUGUGUUCCUCGUAUCAGGAUGAACAUUCUUCAUUUUUUCGGGGUGCUCUUCUUUCUUAAAGUUGUAUCAGGAUUGAGGUUAGCGAGACUUGAUGUACCAGCGGCAGUUGUACGAGGUGAAGCAGCAUGGCUAAAUUGCACCUAUAACUUGGAAAAUGACGAGCUUUACUCAGUUAAAUGGUACAAAAACAACGUUGAGUUUUAUAGGUUUUUACCAAGUGAUAGACCUCCAGGACAAAAAUAUGAUUUGCAAGGCGUCUAUGUCGACCUAGCUCAGUCUGCAUUGGGUCACGUGUAUCUGCAGCGUACAGACCUCAAUACGGAAGGAGUGUACAGAUGCGAAGUGUCAGCCGAAGCACCAUCCUUCCAAACAGUCAGAGAAGAAAAAGAGGUUCGAGUCUAUGUUUUACCGGAAGACGGACCUACUAUUUCAGGUGUGAAACCUCAGUACCAAGUAGGGGAUGAUGUUAAUGUCACUUGUUCAGCAGGCCCAUCAAAACCUGCUGCCGCUCUGCGAUGGUACAUAAAUGGACACGAGGCUCCUUUGGAAUAUGAAAUUCGCUACAGUCCCAUACGGCAUCCUGAUCGCCUAUUGGUCUCCACACUUGGGCUCCGAUUCACAGCGGAACCUCGACAUUUCUGGCAUGGGGCAAUGAAACUGCGAUGUUCUGCAGUUAUUUCUCAAGCUUACUCCAUGAGCAGCGAAGAGAUCAUCGUUGGUGACAAUGCAAAGGCCUCAGCUGUUGUCGGUGAUGGACCAGUCAUCACCGGAGGAAAGCCGAAGUAUCAAAAAGGUGACACCGUGGACGUUAAUUGCACAUCGGCAAAAUCAAAUCCCCCAGCUGAACUCAAGUGGUACAUUAAUGAUAAACCUGUUAGACAGGAAUUCCUGAUCCGUUACAAGCCUGUCAGGUAUCAGGAUGGUCAGGCGACGUCCAUCUUGGGUUUGAGCUUCCCAGUACGAACAGACCAUUUUCAGAGAGACGAGAUGAGACUCAAGUGUACAGCUACUCUCUCAAAAGUGAUCAACAUGAGCAGCGAAGAGACGCUCGUCGGUAGCAGUCAACAGAGUUCAGGACUUCACAUUUCUGAAAAUACAGGAGCAGUGAUCAACAGAGGAAGUACAGUGGGUUGUCUUCUUCAGACUCUUUUCGUGAGCACAUUCCUUGCAGCUCUCCUAUAGCGAUUCAUUUGUGCCUCUUGAACUUUACCCUCUCCCUUGCAUGGGGCUAAAAUACAGAAAGAUGAUAGCAUGUGCACCCAUU